AUGCUGGAGGCAAAACUCGUGGCCACCGUAGCGUCGGCCUGUUCCGGGCUCGCCAUUCUCGUCUGCGCGUUGACCAUCCCCCAGCUCUACUACGACAUCAACGACAUCUACGACGAGGUCCAACAAGGCGUCCAGGCGUUCCGCGCCGACACCGACAGCGCCUGGACCGAGCUGAUGGAGGUCCAGCUGUCCGUGACGCCCGCGCCCAAGCCCCGACCCAACCCAUUCCAGUCCAUUUUCCAACGCAGAAAACGUCAGGAUUACGCGGGGCUGCCGAGCUACUGUCAAUGCGAGCCAGUGAAGCCGACCUGCCCACCCGGCCCACCUGGACCGGCCGGCGCACCCGGCCCCAAAGGAGAACCCGGACAACAGGGAGCGCCCGGGGAGGCGGGAGAAGCCGGCCCCACGGUGGAUUGCCCUGCAGCCGACACUAGUUGUCAGGCAUGUCCCGCCGGCCCACCCGGACCUCCCGGCCCCACCGGCGCCGAAGGUCCGGCCGGCCCAGAGGGCGGCAAAGGCCAACCAGGCAGCCCAGGGAAAGCCGGCCUACCAGGAGCCCCCGGCCCCAUCGGUGAAGCCGGACCACCAGGAGAGAAUGGCGCACCCGGCUCGCCGGGCUCACCAGGCCAAGACACCCAACGAGAAACCCCACAGCCCGGCCCCAAAGGCGCUCCCGGCCCCGCAGGACCCGCCGGAGCACCAGGAGAGAACGGAAAACCCGGACAACCCGGCACACCCGGCGCUCAAGGACCACCCGGAGCACCAGGAAAGCCAGGAGAACGAGGACCACCAGGAGCGCCCGGAACCGCCGGAGGACCGGGGUUGCCGGGUACGGACGCCGCUUAUUGCCCUUGUCCAAGUCGAUCGUCCGUUUACGUGCAACAGAACCAAAAUUAUCGGAAAUUGUAG